AUGCGACUGGAAGACAGCAAAUACAAUCACUUUGUGCACCACAAUAUAGCGCCGUCUACCUCCAAGUAUUGCAUAAAUGUAGGUACGGCAACACAGUUGGAGCUUGUUCAGCCUUUAGUACCAUCAGCGGGGCCUACUUGUUGCUUACUUGGUGUUCUUGGUCCAACUUAUACUGUAGGUGGUAUCCGGGCAUUGAGAGCUGCGAUACUCCAACCAUCUUGUAAAAAGGAAUUUAUAGAAGCUCGAUUGGACGCAGUGCAAGAACUUAUUGAAAACGAUUCUGGAAUUAUGUCUGGGUUACAAGACACUAUAAAGAAAUUGUCUGAAAUAGACAAAAUUCUCUUACUCUGCAUAGAGACAAACCAACAAAUGGAUAAACAUGGAGAAGCGCAACUGAAUCAAACGCUUCUCUUGAAAACUACAAUGGAUAUGGUCCCAAAUUUGGUAGACGCUUUGAAACCAGCUGAGAGUGGUCGACUUAGGAAAAUUAAGAUGGAUUUUGAGAACCCACAUUACAAUGAAAUAGCAGAACGUAUACGGGGUGUUUUAUUGGAUGAUGCUCAUCUAGAGAAAGGUGCUAUGGGAAGUCUUCAGAGAUGCUUCGCUGUGAAACCAGAAAUAAAUGGCCUUCUGGAUGUGGCUAGAAGAACGUAUUCUGAACUCAUUGAAGAUAUCCAAAAGAUCGUUGAACAACUUAGUGAGACUUAUGAUUUACCAAUUCGAUUGAAUCAAAAUGUUAUGAAAGGCUUUCAUAUUGUUUUACCUGUUGCUCCUAAAAACCGGCGAGACUUCAAUGUUAAUGAUUUACCGGCAAUAUUUAUACAGGUACAUUUUAAUGGGUCGUCUGUGACAAUGACAACAGAAGAGUUAGUAGUUCUUGAUCAUCAAGCAAAAGAAGCUCUGAAUGAAAUUCAGAAAAUGAGUAAUAUUGUCAUUUCUGCUCUACUGAAGGACUUGAGACCUUUUAUGCCAAGUCUUUACAAGCUUUGUGAAAAUGUCGCAGAGUUGGAUAUUUUGAUAGCUUUAGCGCAAAUAAGUACAGUUGGCUCGUAUAUUCGUCCAGACUUUAAUGACUAUAUGGAUAUUAGAAAUUCUGUGCAUCCUCUUUUAGACUACAAUAGUCAAGUUAUGCCUAUUCCUAAUGAUGUGUUUGCCAGUCCUGAAUAUAAUUUUACAAUAAUUACGGGACCAAAUAUGGGAGGAAAGAGUAUUUACAUCAAGCAAAUAGCUAUCAUGCAAGUUAUGGCUCAGAUGAAAGAAAUCCAACACAUAUUGAAAGGGCUGACUCGAUGUAGCUUGGUUAUAAUAGAUGAGUUAUGUAGGGGCACAUCAGUUGAAGAAGGCACGACCAUAGCAUGGGCGAUAUGUGAAGAGCUAAUAGCAAGUGAAGCAUUCACAUUCUUUACAACACAUUUCAUGUAUCUCACUAGACUGGAGGACCUGUAUUUCAACGUUGUUAACCGACAUACAGCCGUUGCAGAAGAAGAUACGGAAAACUCAGAAAAAAGACUCAUUUAUCAACACAAAAUCGAAUCAGGAAUAUCCAAAAUUGACAAUUACGGCUUAGCCUUAGCGGCUAAAACUAAUUUGCCUGAAGAAACCGUGAACCUGGCUAAGGAACUGGCUCAAUUAAUUGCAACAAGAAAAAAGCCCCAACAUUACCUAACAGACAAUGGAUGUGAUGACCGUACUGUAUAUGGAAUUAAUGCUAAAAUUGCACAAGAAAAGAGGCAGAAUCCCAAUAUUAAUCUGGAAAGUGCAGUUAAAAAAUUUGCGUCAGAAAAUACAGAAUUAGUAGAAAGACUAAGGAUUCAAAGCAGCACUGAUAAAACAAUUUUAAACACGAGAAAUACAUCAGAAGGGUCGCGUGUUAUUAAUUCUGAUAGUAUUUCUGGCAAAAAUGAAGAACGUGCGCAAUAUGAUAAAAACGUGAUGAAUAGUAGUAUAAGUAAUAACAACGAGGAAAUUGUAAUCGAUAAAAACAUGAAUCCAACAUCAGUAAAAUUUUCAACAGAAUUACUGAAUACUUUUCUAAAUACUACUGAUGCUCCUGAUGCUAAAAACGAUCAUAUUUGUAAAUCACCGGUAGGUAGAACAAAUGAAAAUGCCGACAAUCUAGAAACUGAAAUUGAAUUACAUUAUUCAAAUGUAUUGAGAGUGAGUAAUAAAAGUAUGAAUUUUGAUGAUGACGAUAAAGUUUCCGAAAAUCAGCAAGAUUCGUCUAAAAUAAUAAUCAUCGGUAACAAUUUGAACUUAAACGAUGAUAUACUAGAAUCACAAUCAAAUAUGAAUUAUAACACAGAGUUUUCUAAUAAAGAAUCAGAAACUGAUUCAGAUUUGGCUGAAGCUUUAACCCAACGGAUAGAAGAAUGUAGUUUAAACUCAAAACAAAGCAGUGAAAUUUUAUCCAGCGAUGAAGAGCUGAUGGAAGAAACCAUUAAUGAAAUAACGAACGAAAUUCAGUUUGAAUAUCUUGUGCUCACUCCGCCACCUGCUUUUCGGGAUAUUAUGUAGAUUAUAGUUAAUUAUUUUAAUACAAUAU